UCAAAUGGGUUUUUUUUCUCUUUUUUCCUGAUCACAUUCUUUACUUGGGAACAUUUCAUGUGGUAUUUUAAUAUUGCAUUCUAUAUUAUAUUUCAAUUGUAGCUUUCAGUUCUUUUACGCUAUUGAAAAAAAUGAAACGGACUCCUCUUGUCUCUUGGUGACGUCACGCAAACAAUACUCUGAAACCGGAAGAAAGGAAAUCACACCGUUAUCUGUGGAUGUUUACAACGAAAGCAAAAAUGAAUCCUCCAAUUAUCAACUCUACUAAUUCGGUGACAACUUCUACUAAAAGAAAGCGAGAGGCCGAGCGCUCCGUCAACUGGACGGUGGAAGAGACCCAGGUGUUGCUGUGUGCCUGGAGUGACGAGCGAGUGCAGAAGAGCCUGGCAGAGAACGUCCGGAACCGCCACGUCUUCAAACACCUCUCAGCCCGCAUGUGUGACUUGGGCUUGUCACGCAGCCCUCACCAGUGCCGGCUCCGCGUCAAGACCCUCAAGGCCAACUAUGUCAGAGCCAAGCUGCUGAUGAGCGUGGAUGACUCCCAGCCCUGCAGUUUCAGGUACUACUCUGAGAUGGAUGCUGUGCUGGGGAGAAAUCGCGCUAUGGAAGGGACUGGAGGAGGGCGCCAUUUUGGAUCUCCUGAAGGCAUAGGAGGAUUAUUAGGAGGGUGUCAUUUUGGGUCUGACUUGAUCGCAGAAACAGGGCGCUAUUUGGGAUCUGAAGGGAUUGGAGGACUAGGAGGAGGACGCCAUUUUGUAUCUCCUGCAGGGACAGCAGGACGGCAGUCACGGUAUAUGGUGUCUGAGAUGAAGGUGGAGGAGGAGGACAGGGAGGCAGACGACACCGACGACUACGAGUUCAACGGUGUCGGAAUCACCACUCGGUCACUGGUUGGCCCGGGAGGAAGACGCCAUGAUGCUUUUCUAGAGCACAGCAACGACUAUCAUGAACCUGCUGUUCAUCCAUUGGAGGAUGACCGCAGCUCCAGGUCAACACCGCCACCACCCCAGCCUGCUUCCCAUUUCUCUCCACCCCCAGACCAUAGCCCCAACCUGGGCAGAGGUAUCACCAUUCCCUCCACCCAGCCCCUAGAGCCUGUGUUGAAGCACCUGGCAGACUGCUUCCAGAGGCUGGUCUCAGAGUCCCGGGGUCUGAUGGUACAGCUGGAGGGCCAAAGGCAGGAGCAGGCUCGCUGGCAGCAGGACUUGCUCUCUCAGUGGCUGGAGAGGGAGGAGACGAGGCAGCGGGAGACGGCGGACAGGGAGGACCGGAGGGAGAAGGCCCGUAUGGUGCAUGAGAUUAGGGUACUGACGCUCCUCAGUGGCCUGGCCCAGAACCAGCAGAGACAGAAGCAGACACCACAUCACAGCUGCAGCUGUUGCCACCAGUGUAGCAGGGCGGAGGCGGUAGGUGGGGCUGCUGCCGGGGCCUCGACCAUCACCAGACAUGAUGAUGGAACUGAGGACAGAGACUGGACGGAAUCAGAGGCCUUAUAGAAGAAAGGGUGGGAUACAGACCUGGGAUACAGACCUGGGAUACAGACCUGGGUUACAGACCUGGGUUACAGACCUGGGAUACAGACCUGGGAUACAGACCUGGGAUACAGACCUGGGAUACAGACCUGGGUUACAGACCUGGGUCAUCUUAAAUUCAGGGGUGUGUAAUCUGCUCAUACACUACGGCUGUGUUUUUGACCCCAGGUCUGGUGGGGAGGGUAAGCACUCCAUGCCUUUCAGAAUGUAUGUUGACCUCUUGUUGGAGUGUGGAGCCUACAUUAAAUACAUCUGUUUUUGUUAAUUGUUUUAUUAACCAUAAAAUGGUUUAACCUUGACGUUACGGGUUCAGUGAAGCAACUGAAAUUCCGUAUUAUUCUCUCAACCUUUUUUUACAAUCUACUUUAUUGUCAACUUCACCGAUAAACUGUAUUGGUGUUCAUAUGGUUCUCUUGUAAGGAUACUCUCAUCUGUUCUGUUCACGUUGCUGACAGUUUUGCUCCUGUGCUUCAUUCCAUUUUGGUUUCGUUUGACACCUAAUGAACACACCCCAAGUAUGUGUGAGUGUUCCUGUUGAAAAGGUGUGAAUGUCUGUCAGCCUGCUCAGACACCGUUUUUAGGAAGUCACCACCAUCACCAUCAUCAUCAUCAGGGCUACUGCAGCGUCUCUCAUGGUCAAUAGACAUGUUGAUGGCUAGUUGAAUAGGCAGGUGGUCUGAGAGGAGGUUAGCUAUUUACCACAGAGCUGCCCACCUAGGAGGUGUGAGGAAUGAAGCGUUGGAGUUGGAGGGUUGAGUUGAGGUCAAUUCACUAUCAACUCAGUCACUCCGCGAAAUGAAUUGAAAUUACAAGAGAUUUGACAAGUGACUGAUGUUAUUCUUUUUUACUGGGMUUUUUUCCUAUUUGUUCUGAAUUAAUAUUAAAAAGUGCCACUCCAGUC